CGAGCUGAGGACCCCCGACUUCCACAUCCAUACCGCUCACAACAGCCCAUGGAAAAGAGAAGCGAUUUUUUUGCCCCGAUUCCCAUUGCUUCCAUCUUAGCACAGGGUGCGAGUUAGGGGGUGCAGUCCUCAGUGUUGCUUUCCCCGCGGGGCUGGGAUGGCAGCUGGCUCUGGGGUGGGAGGCAGCAUGUGGGCCUCCUCCCACUUAAAACCAGGGCAACACGGCGGCAGCCCCUGCCGGGACCAGCAUCAGCAAGAAGCAGGUUGGGCCUGCCACUUUCUCUUCCCGCGCAACAAGUGGCCUCCCCUCCCAGCCCUGCGCCGGGGAAGACAAAAGGCCUGUUGUGCAUCCCGUGAGCCGUGCGAGAGAGCAGUGAGCGAGAGGGGAGGUGGCUACAGCCAUGCGAAUCCCCGAGGAGCCCUGACUGGCAGAGACCUGCCUUUAUUACAAUUUCCCUUCCCCUCCGUGCGCGUGUCUGGCUCUUCUCCGCGCGGUACCCCCCGUGCCAUCUGCCUCCUCGCUCUGCGCUGCUCGCCGGGGGAAAUACCACGGUUGCCUGCAAACUUUGGGGAGCGAGCGGGUAGCGGGGAGAGGGAGGGGGACGUGCGUGAGGGCAGAGGACAAAAAUUAGGAGGGAGAGCUGGGGUGGGGGGGAGAUUGGAUUCCUUCCUCAGCACUUCAGGCAGGCUGCAGAGCUGGCGUGGGAACAGAUGAGCCCCAGGGAGAAGAGAUGAGACCCCAUCCCUCCAGGAAGAAGAGAAGAAACCCCCCGUGAUGGGGUCCUGCAUGUCCAAAGACUUCCUCACAAGUGCUCACAAGGAAUAUCCUGCCGCCAGCAAACCCAGCCAGCCAGAGCGCUUGCCCACUGCCCCCCAUGAGAGCCAGCAAGGGCCGCCGGCUGCCGCGGCGAAGACCGUCAGCAAGGUAACGAAAGAGCCGGCUACCGAGGACAAAGAUCACGCACGCUGCCUGGAGCAGCCAGGACGGCACGUAACCUGUGCGUGUGCCAGCCUGGGAUCCCCCCAGCCAGCCACCCCCUCCCGUACCAGCCCCUUCUCCCCCAGCACCACAAGAACGCCUCUUGCAUCUUCCAAAGGAAAUGAUAACUGGUUUGGAUCUAGACUGUGGACCCAGAAGAGAUUGGGAACUGGUGCCGCAGCCUAUUGGAAAAGAGGAAAACCAGAUGGAUUUCUGCUGGGACCCGCUGCAGAAAUGUUUCAAGACCUCCCAUGGGAUUCUCUCCAGCUCCAAGUCGGGCUCCGGCACUUACAACGUCACAGCCCUGGCGACCUCCUCUCUGGGUUGGUCCAAACCAUCAAGGAUCACAUCACCAAGCCCACAGCCAUGGCCCGUGGCCGGGUGGCUCACCUCAUCGAGUGGAAAGGCUGGAGUGCCCCCCAGUCGGGCUGGGAGCCAUCGCUGCCGGAUGAAGACCAGUAUUCCUACCUCACCGAUGAGCUGAAGGAGGCGCGAUUUGCAGCAGGUGUAGCGGAGCAAUUUGCCAUCACCGAAGCCACCCUGAGCGCUUGGUCCUCGCUAGAUGAUGACGAAAUCAACUAUGGAGGCAGCUCCCAGGAUGUCAUACAGCUUCCAGACCUGGAGGGCAUCUACCGACAGGAAAAGAUACUGCCCAGUCCCCAGGCGAUCAGCAGCCCGCAGCUGGAAGGCAUCCUGCCAGCUUUCUGCCCCUCCGCGUGCACGUCCCCGCCGCCCUGGGGACACCCCACGGCAGACGAGUGGAACUCAAGUGUCGCCUCCCUGGGGACUCUGCCCUGUGGCUCCCCCCACGCCAGGAGCUCCCGGCUAGGAAGCGUGCAGAAGGAGCCGGCCAGCUCAGCCGGAGAGCAGGAGAGCGCGAGCAGCACCCUCCAGCAGCGCCUCACCAGCUCCCUCCGCUACGUGGACAGCAGCUCCCUCUCGGAGGAUGACGUGUUUUAUAACUAGAUGCUCCCUCCCCGCUCUCCCCAGCGCAGGAGCGAGCAGACAGGGCCGGGGCAGCAGGGAGAUCUUCUGCUCAGAUCACUCGCGCUCGUCCAGCCCCGGCUUCCUGGACACUUGCAGAAGCAGCUGUCUCUGGGUUCACCGUGGCAUGCGGGGAGAAGGCCCCUGCAGCAGUGCCCGCUGCGACUGUCUAGACAGAGGAUGGCAAGGAGGGGACUGUCUCACUGCGUCUCGUCUAGCCCUCCAGAGCAGGCCACGACUGGACUGAUGCCACGCGCACCACAGCUGAGGCUCUGAUUUGUUUCCGAGGCCACUGGUCUGCAUUGAGUGGCACUGAUGCGAGAACAAGGGGGAUGGCAGGCACAGCCGGGCUCCCUCGAGGGCUGGGAAGCGCCCAGAAGGCAUCCUCUUCCCUGUGCAUUUGAUACCUGCUCUGCAGCUGCAGCCGUUUGUCCUAGGAGCUUCCAGCGUGUGUGUGUGGCUUAUGCACCAAUGCUUUGGUUUCUUGUCUCUGUGGAGCUCAGACAAGCACCUGGCAGGUUUAAAUAUAGGCCCAUCCCCAGGCUCCUCAGCCUGCCCUGUUGCAGACAGGCAUUCGGCUCCAUCUAACCCUUGGCACUGGUGGCUUGGGCAAGGUGCAAGCAUGAGCUGGCUAGUAGGAGGGAAUCAGCCUGAGGUUCAAAGGCUGUUAGACCCCCGUGUCCCAUUUCACUCCAGUGGCAGCCAGGCUUCGACCUUCCUGGGGCUUCUUUGCAAAGCCCAGCCUAAAGGCUAAUGCAAGCAAGCUGGUUACACUGGUUCCUGCCUCUCAGUGGUGUUCGAAUGCCAAGCAUGUGCCAGCGAUGGCAUCCAGGAGCUUGGAGCUGCUUGGGGAGGGUCUGCAGGAAUGGCCCUGCCCUCCUCACCAGGCUAUAGCAUCCCCAUUUGAGGAUAUGGUCACAAUAUGUUUGUGCCCGGUCUGUGCCCCGCAGCGUGGUGAUCUACCACCAUCACUGUGCACAUCGGGCUCUGUGCACUAUCACUGUGCACAUCUGCCUAGGUGUCUUGUCCUGUGCAUGGACCCUACUGUCCCACACUAGGGCCCUACCCUGCUCUCUUUGUGGAGGAGAGAGGAAAUGGGUUAGAUGGGAACCCCAGACUACCUUAGGGAGUUGGGGAACAGCUGAAUAUUAUCAGUUAAUGUGAAGGAGGCAGCUUGAUGCUGACACCUGCAAUAGGACCCGGGUGGAGGGCGGCAUCUCUUGCAGGCUCCCUGCCACUGAAGUGGACACCUUAAAUCUGGGACUUUAAAGAAAGCUACUUGCAGAGCUGUUCUUCCUGCAGCUGAGUAUAACUUAUGGCCACACAUCCUCUGCUGCCCCAGGGCAUCGCCCGAACGCCCCCCUCCUUGGCCGGACACUGUACAGU